CGCUCUACAGAAUCAUCGAUUGAUUCUUCGCUCGAUCAAUCAGUUGGGUUCUUGCUAGACGAGACGAAGGCACCAUGGACCUCCCCAACACCAACGCCAACAUUAUCCCUAAUGCAUCUUCAGAUCCAAAUGUUAAUCAAUCACCAUCUCAGAAGCCAAUUAUAUUUCAAUGUCAAGCACGAAAUCCAAAUCCAAAUCCAUUCUCAGAUCCCUGUUACCCGCAGCCAGACCUCAUCUCCGUCUCCCGCAACGGCACCCUCCUCGUAACAAACAUCACCAAAUACCUCUCCACCCUCCCACACCCCAUCGAAAUAGUCGAGGAACUCGUCGCCGUCUGCGCCGUAACAUCCUCCCUCCUAACCUCCCUCAAUAGCACUCUUCUCCGCUUCCCGCACCUCAAUCUCUCACUCGCUAAAUCCUUCAUCGCGCCACUAUGUCACGACAUCCUCUUCGCCUUCAAGCUCCUCGGCGACCGCGUCCAAGAAGCGAAACGCAUGCGUGUGUUCGAGCCCAAUGAUGUGGGACUCGUGCGUCUCCCGCGCUGUGCGUGGACGCUAGUUCUUGGCACGGAAGCGAAAGUCGCUGCCUUGAGGAGCAGACUGUAUGUGGAGAAGUAUCGAGUCAGAGUGCUGAUUGAGGCUGUUGCUUAUGAGGGGUUGAGAGGAUUAGAGGGGAAGAGUAGGAGGGAGGAGGAUGAGUUGAGGAGUUUGAGGAGGAUGUUGCCGCUUGUUGCGGAGAGGUUGGUGGGUGUGCAGAGGGAUUAUAAGCCUAGGUUGAUGAGGCUUAGUGGGUUGGUUGUGGAUGAGACGUUGGUUCUUCCUGAGGCUGUGAUGAGGACUGCACCGAUGAAGAACGUUGUUGUUCCUGCUUUUGCGGCUCCUAUGCCAGCUCCUGCUCCUGUUCUUGUUUCAGUUACAGCUCCUAUUCCAGUUACUCGACCAAGUGUAGAAAUCACUCACGAGAAACCUUGCAGCGAGAAAAUGGGUCUCAAGGCAACGAUCAGUACCCAUUCUCUCGCUUCCACGUCCUCCAGCAUCACCGUCCACGAUGAUUCCAUUCUUGAAACCUGGCUCCUACGCUGUAAUCGCCCAAAGAAAGACCUAAAAUCACGCACCUCUAUCCUCGGUCUCCCCCUCCUCUCAACACACACCUACAGCACCACAACCCACUACGUCAAGCCCCUCCCCUCCACCCCCUCUGAAACAGCUUCCCUCCUCGCCUCCUGUCACGGCAUUCAAUCACCGACUGAACACCUCACCACUGUCCGUCGCACCGUCCUGGAAAUGGACGACGACGCCCAAUGGGAGAUCCAGAAACUGAUCGAAGCCCGCGAGAAAGCCUGUUCAUCCGAGAAAGUAAGUCGCAAAUGGAUGGUCAUCGGUCUCCUCGAGCGGAACCGACGAAAGUUGUCGCCAUGCAAAGGAGAUAGGAGAUGGUGGAGCUUGAAGAAGAAAGAGUGUAUCACCGAGUGGGUGUUGGUGUUGAGAGGCGAGACAGCUGAUACGGAGAGGAGAGCUGUGCCGGAGAAGCAUGAGAAUGCUUGGAAGGAGAGGGAUAAGCCUGUCAAGGCUGCUGCUCCUUCUCCUCCGCCUCCUCCUCCUCCUGCUGCUGCGGUCGCAGCACCAGCUCAGGUUCAGAGCCUGGUUGCAAAUGCACCUGUGGUACAGCAACCACAACAAAGCACGAUCCUCCGCCACGUUGAGAACAGGCGCGUCCUGAGCGUGGAAGAAGCAGAAUUCAAGAUGCGCGAAAUCGUCGCUGAUCUGUUUAUUCAGAAUGAAGACUUGGAGACGGAUUCUGAAGAAGAUGAUGAUGAAAGCGAGGAGGAUGAGAGCGAGAUCGAAGAUGAUGUCCAGAGUGAAGUGGAAGGAGACGAUUGA